UUCUCUAGUACUAGUUAGUGGAGUGUACUGAGUCAGUAAGUUGUAGCUGAAAGGCUUAAAUUGGAAUGAUGCCAGAUCUACUCGAGACGGAUAUCUCGGCCACCUCGUAGAUCAGGUUGGUUCAAUGAUCUACAUCGCAUGAACCACCUCGGUUGUGAGUGACAACCAUCUUUACUAACAAUGAUUGGUGGGAUAGAGACGAACGAGCUCAUGUAGGUGGUUUCCGAGGGAUUCAAUUGUUGGGAAAUGUCGGUAUGCUUCAAGAUAUGAAAUGUAGAUCGGUCUGCGAAGGAUAUAUAGUUGGUGCUCAGCCGGAAUUUAUGCUAUAGUAGUGCCCUGCUAGCGCUAUGUCUUCCUAUGUGUCUCGCCGCACCCUAUCAACGCAGGAGUGCAGGCCCCUAUGACAGCGCUUCUGUCUCGAUUGUCUUCCAACUAGACCGCAACCAAACCUGGUUCGAAAACCUCGCGGUUCAGCGCAAUGGCAGCAUCCUCGCAACUCGCAUCGACGUUCCAGAGCUCUGGUCGAUUGGCCCAGCGACUAAGAAUGGCACCAGCGACCAAGGAACAGGAUCCUUGCUCUACAAGUUUCCCAACGCCACGAGCCUCCUAGGCAUCGCGGAGGUUGAAAAGGAUGUGUUCGCGAUUGUCUCUGGUAACCUUUCUCUCCCCAGUACGAUAUCAACGCCGGGAUCUUACAAGAUAUGGACCAUUGAUCUCACCGGCGAGAAGCCUCAUGCAAAACUUCUCGCACCGAUUCCCGAUGGAGUCUUCCUGGAUGGACUGGUUAAAUUCAGUGAUGAUUUCCUCCUAAUCACAGACGCCGCAAAAGGCGUCAUUUGGCGCCUCAAUACCACGACUGGAGAAAGCUCGCAGGUCUUGUCACACCCGUCCAUGAAACCGGCGAGCGGGCAACCAAUCCUGGUGGGUGUGAAUGGUUUAAAAGUACAAAAUGGCUAUGUCUACUACACCAGUACCACCCAGGAGGUGUUUGCUCGCUUCCCAGUUGACGAGAACGCGGUCCCUACUGGACCUAUCGAGGUCAUUACUAGUGGAUUCACCUUUGACGACUUUGCAUUGGCAGACGACGGCACGGCAUAUUUGUCGACGAAUCCUCAAAAUGAAUUGCUGAGAAUCUCGCCAGAGGGAAAGGUCCGUCUCAUUGCCGGCAGUCAGGUUACGAAAACCGUCGCAGGGUCGACUGCAGUUGCUUUCGCCAACGAUGAACAGUCGGUUUUGUAUGUCUCAACGAGCGGUGCGUCAGUCGAGCCGGUCCUUUGCAAGACGGUGGAGCCUGCCAAGAUCUUGUCUGUCAGGCUGAGAGGUGCAUCUUGGGCUGAGUGACUGGUCUAGUUUAGUCUAUGCCUCCUGUAACUAGUACUGCAUGUAAAUGCAUGCAAUGAGCAAAUAGUGGAAUAUUGAUCUUGACAUGUCAUGUACUUGUAAUGAUUUUACAUUCAUACUCAUGUGAGCAGAGAGUUCUGCACUCUGCAUGGAGCAUGCACUUGCACGCUGUAAAAAGCAUAGCCUUGUGUUGUAAUGCUGCAUAGCCAGUAUGAGUAUGAAGAACGAAGAUCUCCAGCAUUCCACGUCUCUUUUUAACCAUUUGACCUAAUAACCAGCUGAUUUUCCAGGUGCAAGAAAGCCGACUCUGGAAGUAUCAUAGACCUAUAAUUCAUGACUCUUUCUCCAACCUGCAACACUUCGUACUCCAGACAAGU